CAUCCUUGCACACUACUAUUAACUUUCCCUACCUCCAAUCCUUGCCCUCAAUCGCAAAAUACCCUUUCGGCUUUAGCUCUCGGAUUAGGUUCGGGGUUUCUGAUUUUUUUGUUUUAAUUUGAAUAUAUUAAGCAUGGAAGGAGGAGAUUCAUCGUCAAAAUCAGGAGGCGAAGGGGAAAAUUUUCAAGAUUGGGAGCUUUUACCGAGUUCUGAUUCUGAUAUUGUUGUUAACCCGGAAAAUUCGGUUGAUAAUUCGAGGAAAAUGGAUGAAAUUGAAGGGGAUUAUUCCGGUGGUAUGAUAAGAUCGGAUUAUUUUUCGCUUGAAAAUGAAAAUCGGUAUGCAAAAUCGAGCCUUCUUGAUGCGAGCGAAGAGGGUUCUGUUGAGUCGGAUAAUCCGAGUUGGAUUGAUCCCGGGUUGGAGACUCGGUUUCAGAGUAACAAUUCGAGGGAGUUUUGGUCAGAUACGGGGAGUGAACGAUCCGAUGAACAUAAAUUUGGUGAUUUGGAGGGGAAAAACGAGAUAGGUUUGGUUGAAAAUGGGAAAAUUCAUGCGGGAUUGGUUGAUUUAGAUGCGAGAAAUGAAUUAGGAUUGGAUGAAAAGUUGAAAGGGGAGGUGUGUUCUGAAGGGUUUGGAGAGAGUCAAUUGCAAGAUAAGAAUUUGGGAAGUUUUUGGUCUGAUUCCGGUGGCAAGGGAUUGGUUUUGAGGAGUUUUGAGGGUGUUGAGAAGGAGGAGGAGAUGGAUUUUGGUUAUCAUGUGGAAGAAGGGGUUGAGUCUGAGGCUUGUGGUCAGUCUGACGGUGAAAAUGACAUGAAUUCCGGUGUUGUGAUUAAGGAAGUGAAGACUGAAGUGCAGGCAGUUGGUGUAGAAGAGAAGGGGAGAAUAGCUUGGUGGAAGGUUCCUUUUGAGUUGUUGAAGUAUUGUGUUUUGAAGGUUAAUCCUGUUUGGUCAUUAUCUGUGGCUGCAGCUAUGCUGGGAGUGGUUAUGUUGGGAAGAAGGUUGUAUAAGAUGAAGAGGAAGAGCAAGGGCUUGCAGCUCAAGGUUACUCUUGAUGAUAAGAAGGUAUCUCAGUUUAUGAGUCGUGCUGCUCGUCUCAACGAAGCAUUCUCUGUGGUGAGGCGGGCCCCCAUUGCACGGCCUGCAUUACCAGCAUCAGGAGUGAAUCCUUGGCCUGCAAUGAUAAGUUUGCGAUAAUAAGUUGGCGAUGUAGAUUUUUGAAUGAAGCAGUGUGUGCACUAGGUAAGUCUUAUAAUUAUAUGUUUGUCAUGGUUUGCUACCGGUAAGAUUCAAGGUGUUUCAGCUCUUUUGUAAGAAUCCUGUGGAAGUUAAAAUGUGAAUAAAUUGCAGACUUAGCUA